UUUUUUGAAGUUAUGGCUCUUCGUGGUGAAACCAAUUUAUUUACACCUUGUCAAGCUAUUGGCCUUUACUGUUCUAAAGUUCCCCCAGCCUUCACCUAUUCAACCCCUAAUGCAGAAGAUACUGACGGAAAUAUUGCCUGUGCCAUAGAAAAUCAAUGCGUUUUUUAUUCAAGCAAGAAUCUUCAUUUUACUUCAGUAUGCCCUCCUGUUGAUACAGAAAUUACUGCGGUUGCAGCUGAUAUGGAAAGAACUUAUGUUGCUUUUGGUUUUUGUGUGGCAAUUAUUAGUAAUCAUUUUUCAAAGAUUGAACGUCGCUUAAUUAUCGGAAAUGGUGGUCCAAAAAUGCUUCUAUCAUUUACCGAUAUUUUAGUUGUUGUUGAUAAGGGCAACACAAUAAACGUUUAUAACACAGAAGAUGGUCAUUUAAUCGUUCAACUCGAAAGUUCUUCAUCUUUUAAUAUUACUUCAAUUUUGCAUCCGGACAAUUAUUUAAACAAGAUUUUGGUAGGCUCUUCCGAUGGUCGUAUGCGUAUUUGGAAUUUAAGAAGUGGAAAAUUAAUUUAUGAAUUUGAUUCUUUGGGUGAUGAUACAACAGCGAUUAAUGUAUUAGAACAAUCACCAGUAAUUGAUGUUGUUGGAAUUGGAAUGUCUAAUGGGAAAAUUAUUUUGAAAAAUAUUAAAUUUGAUACUUUAAUAUGUUCAUUCCGUCAAACUGGAGAAAUUACUGCGUUGGCUUUUAGGUUAAAAUUUUUUUUUUUAUUUUUAUUAUAA